GUAGUUAAUGUUUGCAGAAAACUAAGGAGCAACAACAAUUCUCCGGGUAGCGAACAGCUGACAGCACCGACCCACCACGCUGGCAGUCCGCGGAGCCUGACCAGAUCGUAGGACCAGACACUGGGCCGUUAAUUCAUCAGAACCGUUGCCUAGAAACCAGCAAAAAAACUCGAAGACCGUCGCCAAAGGGCUUUUAGUUUAGAAAGGGGCUUAUUUUUCAUAAUUUCCAAAAUGUUCAGUUGGUCUAACAAAGAUGGAAAAAAGAAAGACCCGGAGUUAUUUCAAACGGUUUCGGACGGGCUAAAGAGACUGUACAGGACCAAACUUUUCCCCUUAGAGGACGCAUACCGCUUUCACGACUUCCACUCUCCGGCUCUGGAAGAUGCUGAUUUCGAUAACAAGCCCAUGGUACUUUUGGUGGGCCAAUACUCUACAGGGAAAACCACUUUUAUUCGGCAUCUCAUGGAGCAGGAUUUCCCUGGUAUGCGCAUAGGGCCCGAACCGACCACCGAUUCAUUCAUAGCGGUUAUGCACGGGGAACAAGAAGGUCUCAUCCCCGGCAAUGCUUUAGUGGUUGACCCCAAGAAACCCUUCAGAAAACUCAACGCCUUUGGAAACGCCUUUCUGAACAGGUUCAUAUGUGCUCAGAUGCCAAACCCAGUGCUGGACAGCAUCAGCAUCAUAGACACUCCUGGAAUUCUGUCCGGAGAGAAACAACGGAUCAGCAGAGGUUAUGAUUUUGCUGCGGUGCUUGAAUGGUUUGCCGAACGGGUGGACCGAAUCAUUCUUCUCUUUGACGCACACAAGUUGGACAUCUCGGAUGAGUUCUCCGAGGUGAUCCGAGCUCUGAAAAACCAUGAGGACAAAAUGCGGGUGGUGCUUAAUAAAGCUGAUCAGAUCGGGACCCAGCAGCUUAUGAGGGUGUAUGGCGCCCUCAUGUGGUCACUUGGGAAAAUUGUCAACACUCCAGAGGUCAUACGUGUGUAUAUUGGCUCUUUCUGGGCUCAGCCGCUCCUGGUUGCAGAUAACAGGAAAUUGUUUGAGGCAGAGGAACAAGACCUUUUCCGUGACAUCCAGGGACUUCCACGUAAUGCAGCACUGCGCAAACUGAAUGACCUUAUCAAACGGGCCCGUCUAGCCAAAGUUCAAGCAUACAUCAUCAGCUCUUUGAAGAAAGAAAUGCCAAAUGUGUUUGGAAAAGAGAACAAGAAAAAGGAGCUCAUUGCUAACCUGGGUGAAAUCUAUGCAAAGAUUGAAAAAGAACAUCAGAUCUCCCCUGGUGAUUUUCCUAAACUCAGUAAAAUGCAGGAAGUCCUCGCUGGACAGGACUUCACUAAGUUUCAAGGAUUGAAGCCCAAGCUUUUGGAAUCAGUGGAAGACAUGCUGGCCAACGACAUUGCCAAACUCAUGACCCUCGUCCGGCAGGAGGAGGCCUCCAUGCCAAGCCAGGCUGUCCAAGGUGGAGCCUUUGAAGGCACCAUGAAUGGCCCCUUCGGGCACGGCUACGGAGAAGGUGCCGGUGAAGGCAUUGAUGAGCUGGAGUGGGUAGUGGCCAAAGACAAACCGACAUACGACGAGAUCUUCUACACUUUGUCACCCGUCAAUGGGAAGGUGUCUGGUGCCAUGGCCAAGAAGGAGAUGGUUAAGUCCAAGCUGCCCAAUAAUGUUCUAGGAAAGAUCUGGAAGCUCGCUGACGUGGAUAAGGAUGGAUACCUGGAUGACGAGGAGUUCGCCCUGGCCAACCACCUCAUCAAGGUUAAACUGGAAGGUCACGAGUUGCCAGCUGAUCUUCCAGAUCACCUUGUGCCACCUUCAAAACGAGAACAGUAAACCAUUUGGGAAAAUAAAUGUUAUUAUUGAGCCAAACUGUGUAGAGGUUAUGAUAUGGGUGGAAGGGGUAAUUUAGAAAUAUGAAAAUAUAUCAACAGAAUUUAUGAUAUAAUAAAACAGUAUGCAUUAGCUGCGGAAAAAGAGCCAGAAUUGCUUUUAACUUAUCCAACACUAUAGUUCUCACUCUUAUUUUCUUCUUUUUUUUUUGUUAGACAUUUAGUAAGCAUCCUGAUCAAAACUAAUAAAUAUUAAUUGCUAUUGUAUUUCUCAGAAGCUAGAUGCAGCCAAACUUUAAGCACGUACGAUGGUAUACUGGCAGGGAGAUGAUAGUCCAUUAUGACCAAACAGGCUGUAUUCGAAAACUCUUGGAGGUAUUUAAUUGUUUGAAAGCUUUACAUUGAUGCUGCUUUGUACUUAAGGUCAUGCUGGGAGAAAUAGUUGUGCUUCAUUCUUAAACUCUACUAACUCUUCUGAUGGGUUCAGAUUGUCAAGAGUUUAACUUUCAGGUAAACCAGAUAAACUAGAUCACACAUGCUGCCUUCUUUUGGUGUUUCUUCACUAUUUUAAAGAACUCAAGGCUUUGAACUGUUCUAACAAAACAUUCAGCAGCCAGAGACUCAAAAUCUAGGAUCUGUCAGUGGUUCACACUGGCUUCUAUAUCUGUUUUUGAGUCCCUAACCCUGCUAAAGUAGCAAAAGCUUUAUAUACUUCCUUUAUAAAAACAAAAACUGUUCAUAUGUAAAUUUCUUUGGUCUAGUUUGCAAUAAAAAACUACCAAAA